AUGCCGAUCUGCGCGCCGUCGUCCGACUCCUCGUCGUCGUCGGGCUCGGGUGCGCGCGUGUGGGUACUGCACGGGCUAGCGCUCGGCGCGGCGGCCGCUGCCGCUGCCGCGGCAUUCCUGUACCGGCGGCUGAGCGGGUUUCGCAGCCGCGCGGUGGGGAUCAUACCCGCGCGCUUCGCCUCCACGCGCUUCGAGGGCAAGCCGCUCGUCCAAAUCCUCGGCAAGCCCAUGAUCCAGAGAACAUGGGAAAGAGUUAUGCUAGCUUCUUCUUUGGACCAUGUUGUUGUGGCAACGGACGAUGAGAGAAUUGCAGAAUGCUGUCGAGGAUUUGGAGCUGAUGUUAUAAUGACAUCAGAAUCUUGCAAAAAUGGAUCUGAACGCUGCUGUGAGGCACUAAAGAAGCUUGAAAAACGUUAUGAUAUUGUCGUCAAUAUUCAAGGAGAUGAGCCUCUUAUUGAACCGGAGAUAAUAGAUGGUGUAGUUAUGGCACUGCAGCGAGCUCCUGAUGCAGUCUUCAGCACAGCUGUUACUUCACUGAAACCAGAAGAUGCAUUCGACACAAAUCGAGUGAAGUGUGUUGUGGAUAAUCAGGGCUACGCGAUAUACUUUUCAAGAGGGCUGAUUCCAUUCAAUAAAUCAGGGAACGUCAAUCCAAAAUAUCCGUAUCUUCUUCAUCUUGGAAUCGCGGGCUUUGAUUCAAACUUUUUGAAGAUCUAUCCAGAACUUCCACCAACACCGUUACAAUUGGAAGAGGACCUAGAGCAACUGAAAGUACUUGAAAACGGCUAUAGGAUGAAGGUGAUCAAAGUUGACCACGAUGCCCAUGGUGUGGAUGCACCUGACGACGUUGAGAAAAUCGAAGCACUGAUGCGGCGAGAAACAUUCAGUAGAAAAUGA